AAAGACUGGCCGACGGGCCGAGACCUGCACUCCCGCCGCCACCGCCAGACCGCACCGCAGCUCCCACUCCCGCCGCCAGACUCUGGUGGUUCCACCGAAGAAGAAGAACGGCAGCUGCCACCGCCAGACGCUGGUGAUUCCACCGAAGGAGAAGAACGGCAGGCAGCUAGUCGCACUUCCCCCGCGGACCCGUCGAUUGGAUUGGGUUGGACUGGUGAUCCAUCCCCAUUUAGGGCUGUUUUCUUUCGUUGUGCAGAUAGCUCUGUAAGAUGGCAACUCUGAAAGAUGCAGCAGCAAGGAAGCCUGUGCUGGCAACAAUCCGUCUUAUCGUCCCGGCUGGUGCUGCCCGUCCUGCACCUCCAGUUGGUCCAGCGCUGGGUUUCUAUAGGCUCAACUUGAUGGCAUUCUGCAAGGAUUUCAAUGCCAGGACCCAAAAGUAUAAGGGAGACACUCCUAUGCAAGUCACCUUAACAGCCUACAAGGAUAGCACCUUCGAGUUUGUAGUCAAGUCACCCUCCGUAUCAUGGUUCCUCAAGAAGGCUGCGGGAAUAGAAACAGCCAGCAGUCGCCCAGGUCACAGCAAUGUGUCAUCCCUCACUCUCCGCCAUGUAUAUGAGAUCGCGAAAUUGAAGCAGGCUGAUCCGUUCUGCAAGCACAUGUCGCUCGAGGCUUUGUGCAAGUCCAUCAUUGGCACAGCCAACUCCAUGGGCAUUGAGAUUGUUAAAGAUCUAUGAGUAGCAUGGCUCACCUCUAAACGUCAUCAAGACAUGAAGAGAUAGCUAGAUUUCAUUUGUUUCAGUUAGCAGUUGGUGUUGGAGACGUUUGAAUCCUUCCAGUUUUAUCGACCUCCUUGCCAGUGAUCUUUGAGGAGUAUGAACUUUAUUUAUGCAAUGUCUGGAACAGCCUUCAAAUUAGGCUUUUUUUUCUUUCCUUUUGUUUUUCUCUGCAUACCUGAACUGUAAUAUGCAGCUAUAGAGGUAUUUCAAAUAAUAUAUUGCAAUGUCAAUUACUUUUUUUCGAA